AGGUCCUAGUGCACCGCCUCUUGCGUUUGAGCGAAGAUAAAGAAAAAGAAGGCGCUGCUUAACAGUCGGGCGUGCCAUCGCAACCUCACCGUCAUGAUGGAGUUCGGUCAAGGCCAGGCGCAGGGUGCUACAAUGGCCGAGGUGAUGCCCACAGCAGGUGAUGGAGCGCUCGGUAGGAAAGACUCGCUCAUCGUCUUGAGGAAGCGGAUGCAGGAUAAAGAGGUGCACGAACCAUCGAACAUAAACAUCAACACCGUGCUCGCUGUGUUCGGGACGAUCCUGCUGACUGUCCUCCUGAUCGUCUACAUCAUCGCUGGUGGAACGCAGUCGCCGCUGACUUCAUCGAGAGGACUUACCAACGUAACUGUCGAGUCCGACCCCGAAGCGCGAGCACGAGCAGAUAUCACCGAGAGCACCACCGACGACGCUCAGGACUUCACCACAGAGUCCACGGACCUCCCGACCAGAGCAAGGAAGCGGACACGUCGGUCGAAGAUGAGGCACUUCGCUCAACGGGUCACCAGUCACACCAGAGCGACGAACCCUGUCACUAGCACUGAGCAAGAAUUUGACACCACUUGAAUAAGCGCUGUAAUAUAGGCAUGUAAUUUUUUGUGCAAUAACACACGAAUUGCCUAGAUGUAA